AACACCAAUGGCAGUCGAAGUAUCAGCGGGACUGGGAGCGGAGUUAUAUUGAUAUCCGCGGAUUUCUAUUCUGUAUUUGUAUAUUAAAAUGGUUAAGUCGGAUCUUGUUCAUAACAAUUCUCUGGCAUCUAGGCAUCAUUCUUGAUUGCAUGGCAGUGCUUUAAAAAAAAAAGGGUGUGCCACUGUGGUUUCUUACCUGAUCUUGUGCCGGAGGCACAGCGGCAAACAGGUCUUUGAAGGUAGGAGGUCUUACUACCGAGCAACUUCUAUGCUGGCAAUUCCAGAGUAUCAUUAUUUUUUGAUAAAUUUCGAUCUGCAGCGUUUGAAGAAGCAAAGUAUAUGAAUUAGUUUUUAUUUGCAAUUGUGUGAAUAAACAGGUGUAAGUAAACAAACAAAACAAAAAUUAGUACCUGCUUGUCAACAAUGUGUCAAUGUGUGUGCUUCAUUAACAGAAAGGUUCUAGUUUCACUGUUGAAAUGAAUCAAGUAAUUUUAUCUGUGCAACAUCUCUCUCUCUCCCGACUACCGGAGUAUCAUUAUUUCUUGAUAAAUUCGGAUCUUAAGCAUUUGAAGAACCAAAGUAUAUGAAUUAGUUUUUAUUCGUAAUGGUGUGAAGUAACAGGUGUAAGUAAACAAACGAAAAAAAUUAGUGCCGAAACAAAUGCUUGUUUGUCAUAGUUUUAUGGUAUGUGUGCUUCAUUGACAGAAAGGUUCUAGUUUUUCUGUUCAAAAGAAUCAUCAAAUAAUUUUAUCUGUGAAGCAUCUGUCUCCCUUCCGUCAUUUUAAUUUGACAGGCGUGGUAGAUACUGUGAGUGAAUUAUGUUAAGCCGAAUUCAUUUCUUCAUAAAGCGUUAAGAAUUAUUCGUUCAAAUCUUAAUAAACAAUAUUAUUUUGAUUGAAAUUUAGGCUGCAUAAAUAUGCCAACAUUUAUAAAAGACUUUCGAAUGUCAUCACAACAAAGGUGUGUCAUCUUUAAUUAGUGUGUGUUUGGGAUAUGGGUGCUGGCAUGGUGAAAGGCGGCUCAAUUCUUGAUAGUCUCCCACCGAAUCAACCUUUACAUGUCGUCAUGAUUGGACUAGACUCUGCAGGCAAAACUACUGCUUUAUAUAGACUUAAAUUCGAUCAGUAUAUCAAUACUGUUCCCACUAUAGGAUUUAAUUGUGAAAAGAUCAAAGGAACCACUGGUAAAGCAAAAGGAACUAGCUUUCUUGUGUGGGAUGUUGGUGGUCAGGAUAAAUUACGACCACUUUGGCGAUCGUAUACCAGGUGUACUGAUGGCAUUGUUUUUGUGUUGGAUAGUGUUGAUCAAGAGCGUAUGGAUGAAGCACGAAUGGAACUCAUGAAAACCAUCCGUUGCCCAGAAAACUCUGGAGUACCUAUCCUAGUCCUUGCAAACAAACAAGAUCUUCCGAACGCUAAGGAGCCUCAAGAAGUUGAAAAAAUCUUGGGACUACAUGAACUAGGACCGAAUGUUUUAUGGCAUGUUCAGCCUGCCUGUGCCAUUAUUGGUGAAGGAUUAGAUGAAGGACUAGAAGCAUUGUACGAAAUGAUACUAAAACGUAAAAGGUUAGCGAAACUUGCAAAGAAAAAAGGAAGGUAAAGCUUAGUUUAUGUGUAAAUAGUGUAAACAUUCGCCACAUAUAUAAUACAUGAAUGAACAUGUACAAAUUAGGUACUAAUAAUUACCACAACUUAUUCAUUGAAAAGCGCCAAGAUAUCUAAUUUAAGUGGUUGAUAAUUUAUGAAUUUGCGGAAUAGGAGUAGCGAUCAAGAGAGCGUUAAAUGCACUGUAAAGCAUGUUCUUCCACUUUUGGGCCGAACAAAGUAUAGUUCUUUAUCGUGUGUUUGUAUAAAUGUGAAUAUAGUUUACUUUUAUCAAA